AUGAUAAGUCUUGUUGAAACAUGGACAAAAUCUAGUGACAAUUUAGAAAUUGAAGGUUUUAAGAUAGUCCACAGACGUGAUUGUCAUGAUGUACGAAAACCAUUCGGUCAAGUCAUCUAUUUAAAAGAUGAUUUACAGUACGAAACUAUCACCGAAAGAUAUGAAUAUUCAGGCAAAGACCAUAUUGAAUAUUCUUCAAUAAAAGUUGGUGAUAUUUGUGUAGUUUCUGUUUAUAAUUCGCCAAAUUCAUCAUUCAGUGUCCUAAAACGACAUAUUGACGAAGUUAUUCCUAUUUCUCAACGAGUUUGUGAAAGUAUAGUUGUUGUUGGUGACUUCAAUUUAGAUUUGAAGAUCAAAACCAAUCAUAAAUUGAUCAAAUAUAUGGAAUCAUUCGGACUCACUUUAAUUAAUAAAUUAAAUGAAAGUUCGACUAAUGCCAAAACACAGAUUGAUUAUUGUUUCACUAAUGUGAAUGGCUUCAAAUCUGAUUAUUUUGAAAGCUAA